AUGGUGCCAUUGGUGAAGGUGCCAUUAGCGAAGGUGCCAUUCCUACCUGAACUAGCUGCUUCUGUUCCUGCAGCAGAACGUCCGACUACACUGACUGCUGCUGCUGUUGCACUCACGCCUACUCCUGCUGUCGCCGACGCUGCUACUACUUCUGCUGCUGCUGCUGCUGCUGUUGAUGCUGCUGCUGAUGAUGAUGAUGAUGAUGAUGAUGAUGAUGAUGAUGAUGAUGAUGAUGAUGAUGAUGAUGAUGAUGAUGAUGAUGAUGAUGAUGAUGAUGAUGAUGAUGAUGAUGAUGAUGAUGAUGAUGAUGAUGAUGAUGAUGAUGAUGAUGGGUGUGGUGGAGGAGCUGGUAGGCUUAACCUGGGGGGUGGAAGAAGGGCUAAUCGCAGGACUACGGAGGACACGGUUUGA